AUGGACGAACACGUCGUCCCACUGCUCGACGAAGCCUCGAUCGCGUACAAAAUCGACAUCGUCCCGUACGACACGAAUGUGUCAUCCGUGGGAGAGAUCAUGGUGGAAAAGUCCACGCUCAUCGACGACGCCGUCGCCGUCGUUCUCGCUUCAUCGUCAAAAGGCCGCAUUCGUGAAUUUUUCAUCGGGAGCGUGUGCAACUAUUGUUUGCAUCGAUGCAAAAAGCCCGUCAUCGUGUACAAGCCUUCGGAAGCGGACGAAAAGGCGGAGGAAGAGCGCGUGCAGACGACACAAAAAGCCGCGUCGUCGGAUGACAAGGAGAAGGCAAAAGACAAGUGA